AAAGCUGACAUUUUAAGUGGCUUUUGGGUGGUAAGGACGGUAAGGUUGGUAGUCAUUUUUACGAAAAACGUGCGUUGUUUGAGGUUAUCCAAGUUUUUGAAACAAGUUUAAAAUGGAUAAUAUUCUGAAUGACGAAAAGCCUCGAGUGAUUUUAGGAGAAUAUAAAGUGACGCAGAAUUUGCCCUCGGAACCAACUGUUUUGGACGAGAAAUGGGACUUGAAAACCUUUAAGAAGAGAUUUAGGGUGGUGAUUGUGCGAAGUGAAGAGAAUGAACUCGAAUUUGACUUGAUAGGGAUUCACCCGUUCCUAGCAAACACUUUCAGAAGGUUAAUGUUGAGUGAUGUCCCCACAAUGGCCAUUGAAAAGGUUCACAUUCUUAAUAACACGUCUAUAAUCCAAGACGAAGUUUUGGCCCAUCGUUUAGGCCUGAUACCGCUAAAGGCCGACCCCCGAUUAUUUGAAAUGAAAACUGAUCCAACUGCUGAAGGUACCGAACAGGAUACUCUAGAGUUUGCGUUAAAAAUUAAAUGUACCAAUAAUAAAGACAGCAGUAAAGACUCACUGCGAGCUGAAGAUAUGUACAAAAACAAUAAUGUGUAUUCAAAACACAUCAAAUGGGUGCCCAUUGGUAAACAGAAGGAGCGGUUUAGUGACGUGGGCCCCAUCCACCCUGACAUUCUCAUUGCCAAAAUGAGGCCAGGCCAUGAGUUAGAUUUAAAAUUAUUAGCAGUCAAGAGCAACGGGCGAGACCAUGCGAAAUUUUCUCCUGUCGCAACCGCAUUUUAUCGCCUUCUUCCCGACAUAAAAUUAUUACGAGAAGUGGAAGGUGAAGCAGCUGAGAGACUCCAAAAAUGUUUCUCUCCCGGUGUGAUUUCAAUCCGACAUGAAAAAGGCCGCAAAUACGCUGUUGUAGCUAAUGCGAGGUAUGAUACAGGAAGUCGGAAUGUUUUCCGUUAUGAAGACCUCAAGGACGCAGUAGCGAUGACCAAAAUUCAGGAUCAUUUCAUUUUUACGGUCGAAUCUGUGGGGGCUUUACCACCUGAUGUGAUAUUCAUGGAAGCUGUUAAAAUAUUAAAAGACAAAUGUCUUGCUUUAUUAGAUGAAUUAAGUCAUGUAUAAACAUUUCACUUAAUAUACUUUUAUCAAACCACAAAAAAUAUAAUGAACAAGGUUAAAAAUAAAAAACAUUUGACGCGUAAA